UUAGAUAUUUGAAGGUGCUUCUUGAUAACAUCAAUCUGUAAACUUAAAUAAGCAAAUUUUGUGAACAAUCAAUUAUGGGAGACAAGGAUGAUAUUGAGAUUCCUGUGUAUACGCCAUUUUUCGGAGUGAUGGGUGCUACCUCAGCAAUGGUUUUUAGUGCUUUCGGAGCUGCUUACGGUACUGCAAAAUCGGGAACAGGAAUUGCUGCCAUGAGUGUUAUGCGACCUGAUCUCAUCAUGAAAUCCAUUAUCCCUGUUGUCAUGGCGGGUAUCAUAGCUAUAUAUGGUCUGGUUGUAGCUGUGAUAAUUUCUCAGGGAUUGGAAUCCACUGGUUAUACUAUGUUCAGUAGUUUCAUACACUUGGGUGCUGGACUUAGCGUGGGACUAUCUGGCUUGGCUGCCGGAUUUGCAAUUGGAAUCGUUGGUGAUGCUGGAGUCCGCGGAACAGCGCAGCAACCAAAACUCUAUGUUGGAAUGAUCCUGAUUUUGAUCUUCGCAGAGGUCCUUGGUCUGUAUGGAUUGAUUAUUGCUUUGAUCAUGUCCGGAAAGGCAUAAACAACGACGAACGCAUUAAUUUAUGAAUCAAUCAAAUCGGCAAUUUGGAACUGUAAUGUAGAGGACAUGAAUUUUCUAUUAUGUGUACACUGCCCGUUGUCUCUUUAAGGAAUAAAUAAAAACAAGUGAAGAUUUCGCCAGAGACAGCUGAGUAGUCAAGUAUAGUACUUUUGCUUAAUUGUACCGAUGUUGAGCCAAAUUAAGUAGAAAUAGUUUAUACUAUGAAUUUGACGUUUUUAAUGUAUAUUUGCUUGAUGCAUUGUAUAUAUCUCGAAUGAUACGAAAGAAAUUAAUCUAUUUAUCGGAUCUGUCGUCAUCGUCCAUUCUGAAGGGAGUUAAUGAAAAUAUAUACAAUGUGUUCUGAUUGGAAAAAAACAGCUUAUUUAAAGUGAAUUUAUUAUUUACUUCGAAA